AAGCAAACAGUUGGGCAUGAAAGCGCGAAGUUUUCUGAUAGGGUGGAGAAGAAGAGAUCGGAGAUGAAGCAUACGACGGCCGAAGACAAGGGCCGGGCCUUCCCGGUGGAUCAGAAUCUCCCCCGAUGGCUCUGCCAGAACUGCCACCACUCCCUCUGCUUCGUCGGCGCUGAUUCUUACGUCGACAAGUACCUCCCCGAUUCCUCUUCUCGCUCCGGGAUGCAUGGGUCUUCGAUUCAUGGAGCCAGCAGCGUGUUGGGUUCGACUCGCAUGGACAAUUCAUUUGUUGUGUUGCCAAAACAGAGGCCCCAACCUCAGGGACUUCCUCCGCGCCCUCAAGGGGGUGGUCCUCCGCAGACUGAUUCGAGUUCAUCAGGGAAAGCGAUGGACGAAUCGUUCGUAGUCGUCUACAAGAAUGAAUCAGCUUCUGAUGGAGGUGCAAGCCAGUCACCAGUGUCUGAUGGAGCCCAUGGUGCUCCCAUUGCUCCGAACAAUUCUGGGUUUAAUGCAACUAUAACUGUUCUCAAGCGUGCAUUUGAGAUUGCCACAACACAGACCCAGGUGGAGCAACCUUUGUGUCUUGAAUGCAUGAGAGUGUUGUCUGAUAAACUUGAUAAGGAGGUUGAAGAUGUAAACAGAGACAUUGAAGCAUAUGAGGCCUGUCUCCAACGUAUGGAAGGUGAGUCACGCGAUGUUCUUAGUGAGGCAGAUUUCCUCAAGGAGAAGCUAAAGAUUGAGGAAGAAGAGAGGAAACUUGAAGCAGCAAUAGAAGAAACAGAGAAACAGUAUGCCGAAGUUACUGCUGAAUUAAAGGAAUUGGAGACAAAAUCGAACCGCUUUAAGGAACUGGAGGAAAGGUAUUGGCACGAAUUCAACAAUUUUCAGUUUCAGUUGAUAUCUCAUCAGGAAGAAAGGGAUGCAAUCUUGGCCAAAAUAGAAGUGUCACAAGCACAUUUAGAGCUGUUGAAGCGAACAAAUGUUCUGACAGAUGCAUUCCCCAUCUGGCAUGAUGGAGACUUUGGGACAAUAAACAAUUUCCGCCUUGGACGACUGCCUAAAAUUCCUGUUGAGUGGGAUGAAAUAAAUGCUGCUUGGGGUCAAGCUUGCCUCCUCCUACAUACAAUGUGCCAGUACUUCCGACCAAAGUUUCCAUAUCGAAUCAAGAUACUUCCCAUGGGUAGCUACCCCAGAAUUAUGGACCUGAGCAAUAAUACUUAUGAGCUGUUUGGUCCAGUGAACCUGUUCUGGAGCACGCGCUAUGACAAAGCUAUGACUCUCUACUUGACAUGUCUCAAGGACUUUGCUGAUUUUGCCAACUUAAAGGAUCAAGAUAACAACAUACCGCCUGAAAAAUGUUUCAAGUUGCCUUACAAGAUAGAGAACGAUAAAGUCGAGAGCUACUCAAUCACACAAAGCUUCAACAAGCAGGAGAAUUGGACCAAAGCCCUGAAGUACACUCUCUGCAAUCUAAAGUGGGCUCUCUACUGGUUCAUUGGGAACACCAACUUCCAGCCACUCUCUGCGACAGUGUCCCAACACACCGAUCCAUCAGCUGUUGGGGCUUUGUAUCCAAAGCGUGGGACUAACCUUAAGUUUGGAUCACGCAACUCAUAGACAGAAGCUGGCCGUAUGGAUUAUUUGUAAAUAGCCUGUAGAGUAGCAACAGUAAAUCUCCCUGCCCACCUAAAAUUAUGAUAGAAAGCAUUACCAGUUGAUAUGUGGAUCAUGCACGGGGUGAAAACCGUAUAUGUGUGUUCCAGCUGACUUGUUUCUAGUGACCUUUGAAAAUAUCAGCUCUCAUGCUCUGAGUGUGAUUACGGUGUAUGACAAAGGAGCAUUACUGUGACUCCCUCGUUCAUGAGGACAUGAAUUGGGUUGUCUUGAGGACAUGAAUUGGGUUGUCCGUGGAUGAGUGUUCUGAAUGGAAUUGGCAUUUGAGUGACUUCUAAGAGA